AUGGGUCAAGUUGGUAGUUUGGAUAAAAAUCACAAUCAAGCUCCACUGCUAUUAUCAAAUGGAUUAAUACUAAAGAAAAUAUCCUUUUUGAACAAGAUAUUUGCUAUUGAUGGUUCAAAUGGUUCAUUCUUAAUGCCCAAAACUCCAUUAUCAGAAUUUGUUCAAAAUGUUAAAUCUGAUGAAUGGCCAUUCUUAUUGAAAUUAAAUAAUAAAGAUCAAGUUCAAUUAACUUUUGGUUUAUCUUUGGAUUUAUUAGAUGAUUUUAAAACUAUGCAAAAUAUGAAACAUUUUACAAUUUUUAAUAAUUUAAAAAUUGUUAUACAAAAUGCCAAUGAUUCCAAGAUAUUAGUUGAUGAAAUAUUAUCAAGAGUUGUUGAAUUAAAAGAAAAAUCAUUAAAUCCUAAUAUUCAUUCCAAAAAUGAUUCAAAUCAAAUAAUUAUAAAUCCUAUUGAUAAUUUUUUUGACAUAAAGAUUGAUUUUGAUAAAUUACAAGGAUUUAUUGGGAAAUUAUAUAUUACAAUCUUGGGUAAUAAUGAAGAAAUUUUCAAAACUAUAGUUUAUUUAGAUGAUGUUAAUAUGCAAUUAAAUAAAGAACGGAAAAUUAGUGAAUCUGGUUCAAUACCCAAAAUUAAAGAAGAUUAUAAUAAAACUGAUUUAGAAAGUUUACAUUCACAAAAUAGUAAUCAACCAAAAACUGAUUUAAUUAAUUUAAAAGAUCCACAAUAUGAAUUUAUGAUUGAUGGUAUAACAUUUAGAAAUAAAUUAUUUGAAAUUGAAGAAAAUUUAAUAAAUUUUAAAUCUUUAAUGAAGAAUAUUAUAAAAAAAUCUCAAGCUUUAGAAGAAUCUGAAAGAAAUUUAGCUAUAACAAGAUCAAAUUUAUCUUCAUCCCUUUCAGAUUUAAAUAAUUAUUCAUCAAAUAUAAAUGGAACUAUAUUAAAAGAUAUAAUUAAUGAUUUAAUUCCAAUCUUUACUGAAAAAUCAACAGAAAAUAUUGAAAAUGCAAAUUUAAUUAUGAAAAACAUUACAACACCUUUCCUACUUUUUUAUAAUUCAGAUUUUAAAUUAUUACAAAACAAGAAAAAAUUAUAUAAUGAUCAAUUAAAAGAAUUUAAAAAUUGGGAAAUUGAAAAUUCUUCAAAUGAUGAAAAUUAUAAUAAUGAAGAAUCUUUAAACAAGAGAAUACAAUUUGAACUUAAUAGAUUAAAUUAUUUUAAUUAUUUAAAUGAAUUUAGAAAUGGUUAUUUAAUUAGAAAUUUAAUUCAUAAUUUAGCUGUUUUUUUACAACAAGAUUUUAAUAAAAAACCAUCAAAUUCAAAUGUUGAAUUACAUAUAACAAAAGCUUUAGAUUAUUAUAGUAAUUUCAAUAAUUAUAAAAUUGAACAAAAUUUAUUUAAAGGGAAAUUACAAUCUAUAAAAUCAAUUGAUGAAUUAAUUUCAAUUUUAAAACCUGAUCCAACACAUAAUACCAAUAAUGCACCACCACAUACAUCAUCAAGUACAAAUAAUUCCUCAAUCACAUUACAUGAAAGACCAAAACCAAUAUCAAAAGAUAGUGUUACAUCAAUUGUAUCUUCAUAUGGUAAUCAACCAAUUCAUGGAUCUAAUCAACAACAACAACAUCAAAUUUCAAGAAAUAAUUCAAAUCCUAAAAGAUCUCAAGAUGAUUUAAUUUUAAGAAAUUCAAAUUCUAUAAAGAGAAAAUCAAAUUCAAUGAAUAGAAAAUCAUCAUAUACUCCAAAUGUUGAUCCUCCUUUAAAUAUUCCAGGUAAUUCACCUUUAGGUAUUGUAAGAAAUAUUGAUCAAAGUAAUUUAAUUUGUUGUGAUUGUGGUUCAACUAAAUCUGUUGAUUGGAUUUCAAUAAAUUUAUUAAUGGUUAUGUGUAUUGAUUGUUCAGGGAUUCAUAGAUCUUUAGGUACACAUAUUUCUAAAAUUAGAUCUUUAACAUUAGAUAUUAAAGCAUUUGAAUCAAGAGAAUCUAUUGAAUUAUUAUAUCAUGUUGCUAAUGGUUUUGCAAAUUCUUAUUGGGAAGCUGAAGUUACUUUAAAAACAAAAAUUACACCAAUUUGUUCAAUUGAAGAACGUAAAUCAUUUAUUAUAAAUAAAUAUCAAAAUAAAAAAUUCAUUUCAAAAGAAUCAAGUUUUAAACCAAAUGAAUCAUUAGUUAAAGGUGUUCAUACUGCAAAUAUUCCAUUAAUUUUAAAAUCUUUAGCAUUAGGUGCAAAUAAUAAUAUGGUUGUCCUAAAGAAAGUUGGACCUGUUCAAUUAGAAUUAUCAUUAUUUGAAUAUGCAUUAACACAUUUCCAUGGAACAAUUGAAAAUCCCAUAUUUGAUGUUGCAACAAUUUUAAUUUUAAAUAAUACACCUUUUAGUGAUAGAGUAUCAACAAAUUUACCUUUAGGACCAAGACAAAAACAAUUUUGGGCUGAAAAAAUUGAUCAAUAUUAUCCUAAACCAACUACAUUCCAACCUAAAAGACAAUCAUUUGAUUCUAGAGCUCAUCAAAAUUCAAAUGGAUUUGGUAGUAAUGGUAAUGGAAUCAUUACAAAUGGUAUAUCACAACAUUCAAGAUCAAAAUCAAUAAGGAAAAGUUUGAGUUUAAAAAAUUUAACAAAUGAAAAAAGAAAAGAUAUAGAUAAUAAACCUAAUGGGAAGAAUGAUGAAAAGAAAGAUAAAGAAAAGAAUAAAGAAAGGGAAAGAUCUAAAGAAAAUUCCAAAACUAAAGAAAGUAAUGAACCACAAAAGAAAGAUAGAACUAAUAGAGCAAGUAAACUAAAGUUUUUCAAAUAA